UGAUGGGUCAAUUUCAGAUGCCCCUGAAAAAGCUUCUUUACAUUUGGUGAUGAAUACGAUGGGAGGUGACUGGAUCGACCGAUGGUGGUGGACCGCUGAUAAAAAUGAGCUGGCCACCUUGGUUGCACUUAAGUCGACAGAGCAGAUUGAGAACUGUGAUCUUCCACAGCCCACAGCUAUGCAUUUUUGAAAAGGCCCAUUUGAAUAUCUUGAGAACUUUGAUCACAAUCCAAUUCUAUCAGUGCCUUUAGACUGGAAGAUAUGUUCUGGCCUCUGCAAGUUUUCUGAUUGCACACAUACUGGUCCUGCUUCUGGGAGCAUGGAUGGAAGAUGUCGGCCUUCUGAUGAAGUGGGCCGCUUGUUCUAUGAUUCCAAAAGAUUUUGCAGCAACACCAAUGGCUCCGAUGAUGCCAUCAAGGGUCCAACCCAAAUGAGUCGGUUGUCCAAGACCGAUCCUAGCAAGGAGGCUCAGCUGAUGGAAGCACUUCGCCAUUCCCAAACGCGGGCCAGGGAAGCUGAAAGGGUGGCCCAGCAGGCCUACACUGAGAAGGAACACAUCAUCAAACUCUUCUUCCGGCAAGCGUAUCAUCUCUUCGUGUGCAAGCAGUGGCUGCUAGUGUUGCAGCUGGAGACCCUUCUCCAGCCAAAGGCCAAAGGCCGUCGGAUCACAUUCUCGCCGUUCUUGCCAUGGAUGUCGUCGAAGAAGGCGAAACAGUUGAGGAAGGGUGCAGAUAAGGUGACACGGAGAAGGGUGGGCCGGCAGAAAUAUGACAUUGGUAAGUAUGCUGUGGCUAUUGUGGUAGGGAUGAGCCUAGUUGGUGCUGGGCUUUUCUUGGGAUGGACCAUGGGGUGGUUGCUGCCAGCCUUCUAGAUUGCUUCACUUUUGCAAGUGGGGUUCAAGGUUGAGUGAUCCAGUUGAUUGGUGGGACCCAUAGCAGGUGGACCAUGACAAUCCCAACCGUUCUAUCAAUGGCCUACAGAUAGAUGCUAAUGGGAAAUGCAGCAAUGGUCCAUGUUCAAUUGAAAGAAAGGCCAAAGAUUGAAAGGCUGGUAUCUUCCAGUUUGGCGCAUUUUUUGGUUUGGUCCAACCAUCGUCGGGGCCAAUGCAGAGCACUGUAUCAAUCAACCUUUUCGGUACAUGGGCUGAGCCUAAUGUAUUUUGUGUACAUAUGUGAUUUGUGAUGUAUGUAAAUGCACUGUUUUCAGUAUCGAUAAUAGCGCAUGUUUCGCACUGUCGGGAUAUGGCAACA